UGUUGAUGAAACACAGGACUUGCAGUCAUGGCCAAUGUUGAUCCCACGGGUGUGUUGAGUGCGCUUGUUUCUGCAGCUGUCAACGAAGUGAUUGGGCUCUCCAAGUCUGGCAUUCAUUGCAAGGAGAAGUGCAGCGAUUUGGAGGAUUCUUUGACCGAAGCAUCAGCUCUGCUGGGUGAACUGAACAGGUUGAAGAGGCUAAACCUCUUGUUCUUGAGUGCCAGUCCCUACAAAAUCCCAUUCUAGAUUUCCCAAAGAGGAUAACACUUGCUACCAAGAUUGACCAGUGCUCCAAAGCGAUUCACGGGCACUUGGCUGCAGCUCCUCGGCAUCUUGGCGUUGAGCUUCUGCAGAGAGUUGCAUUGAAGAAGCAAAAGGAGGUGCCCUCUAAUGUGGUUCCAAAGGAAGAACAGCAUGUUGUUCCUCUGGAUGAGCACAUUUUUGGUAUGGAAGAGAUGCUGGAGCGGGUUGUAUCAGACUUGCUGGGGUCCCCUGUAAGCAGCAAGUGGGUUGGAGUUCAUGGAGUAGGAGGUGCUGGAAAAACACUCUUGGCCAAACGAGUAUGUGAAAACCACCAAGUCAAGGAGCAUUUCGAUCCAGUUUUGUGGCUAACAUUCGGUCAGACAUGUCAGGUGGAAGCAAAACAAGCCGAACUUGCCAAUCAAAUCAGACUAGAAAGUCGGAUUAGCAAUGAAACACUGAGGAGGGGGCUUGCAGGAAAGAGGUGCUUGAUGGUGUUGGAUGAUGUCUGGACAUCUGGCGAUCUUUUGGAUCUGUUUGAUGUGGUGCAAGAGAAUGGAAGCAAGAUCUUCAUUACCACUCGGAAACUUGAUGUGCUUGACAGCAGAGGUGCAAUUAAAACCAAAAUGGGGCUUUUGGGAAAGGAAGACAGUUUGAAAUUGUUCACAGUCCAUGCGUACCCAAACCAAAAAUAUGCUCAGAAUCAAGUCAAGAAGAUAGUAAUGGAGCAAGUUGUGGAGAAGUGUGGGGGGCUUCCACUGGUGUUGAAGGUAAUUGGCAGAAGAAUGGCAGGCAAACAAGAUUGGGACUUUGUUUUGGGAAAACUCAAUGAUCAACAACUUGCUACUCUUGAUGAGGAACAACAGGUAUUGCAGCGACUUAAGCUGGGGUAUGAUGCAUUGUUACCUCUGGGCAUCCAGCAGCACUUUCUCUUCUUUGCUGCGUUUCCAGAAGACAGGCAAAUUGGAUUCUGGGAUCUAUUCAAGUGUUGGAAAGGGGAAGGGCUGGUUGCCAACACAGCAGAGGCCGUGAAUGUUUUAGAAAGGCUCAAGAAUCACGCACUUAUUACUGACGAAGAAAACUCUCCAGGUGGACGGUGGCUGGGGGAUAAGAGGUACAGGAUUCACGAUGCGUUAUUGGCUCUUGCUUUGCACAUCUUGGAACAAGAAGGCCCCAAGUGUUACUUCAAGGUUGGCUGCUCGAAUGCUUGGGAUGCCUUCACAAGUAACUACAGCAAGAUUUCACUGGUGGGGUGUCGUCUACCUAUAGGGAAGAACAGGGUCACAGUUUCAAGCACCACUUGCAUGCUCCUGGAUCAAAAUUAUUUCCAUCUUACUUCAUUGCCAAGCCUCUCUCUUUUCAAAAGCUUGAAGGUUUUGUGCUUGAGUCGCAGUGGAGUGGUAACCCUACCACAUAGCAUUGGAAAGCUCAAGAAUUUACAGACUCUAGACUUGUCUUGGAAUACAUCACUCCAAAGCAUUCCAGAUUCGCUGGGAAAGUUGACCAACUUGUCAUAUCUGGACUUGGGGAAUUGUCGGACACUCGAGACUUUCCCCGUGGAUGCUUUGCUCAAACUCACCAACCUGGUCUAUAUAAAUGGAGAGAACAACUUUGCAAUGUGGACUUGCCACAGGUUGCAUCAUCGACUUUUCAAACAUAAGAAAUGCUUAAACAGGAGGUUUGGUCUCCAUCUAGAUGGAAUGUUUCAGGCAUUGACAAAGUUGGAAGUGUUGAUUAUUCAUACAAUGUUAGCUGUGGAGCUACCUGCAAGCAUAGGCGAACUGUCCAAUUUAAAAGAGCUGGAAAUAAGGGGUCAGACGAGGGUAACAUAUGACAGCUUUCGAUGCUUGACCAACCUUGAAAGUGUGAAACUGCAGGAAUUGGAUCUUCCAUUGUCAGACUGGGAUUGGAGCAGAUUUCCAAGGUUGAGAACUUUGGAAGUGGGAGGCUUAAAUGGGGAAUGUGAGUUUAAAGUAACCUCCAGCAUGGAGAACUUGCAAACCUUGGUUAUAGGUUGGAAUCACCACCUUGAGUGCCUUCCUUUCUUAACACAGGAAAUGCUUCCCAUGCUGACAAGCCUCUCCCUUUCGAAUUGUGAAAAUUUGACUGAGGUGCUUACCAUUUCUCAACUGGCAUCACUAAAGGACCUCAGCAUCUGGAUGUGUCCAUCCUUGAAGGACUUGCCUAUCUCGUUCCUUCCAAAUCUAGGUAUACUUUAUCUAAGUUCUUGCGACAAAGUGACCACACUCAACAUAUCCGAGUGCCCAUCACUGAGACGUGUUAAAAUCGAUAGCUUCGGCAUGCUUGCCUGUGUUGCAUUCGGUGGCAAGUUCCCACGACUUCAAGAAAUAUUCCUUGAAGGAUUUGAAAAUCUCCCAGAUGUCUCUCUAGGUGCCAUGGAUGCGUUCCCACAGCUGACGCGGUUGGAAAUAGAGAGCUGUGGUAUUCACCAGCUACCAGAAUGGUACGCUUCAUUCACAAAGUUGAGAGCUCUGAAUUUAAGGCAUCUGGAAAAUUUGGAUGUGAUACCUGAUGGUGUUGCAAGGCUUCCUUUGCUAAGAGAGCUUGAUCUGAUGGGUUGCAGGAAGAUCAGCAUGUUACCCUCUGCAGAUUAGCUCCCUUUAUCCAUCCUUGGAGUACUUAACCUUGACUGGCACGUCUGUCUCUCAGGAGCACCUCUCGCAACGCCUUCUAAAAGUUGUACGAAAUGGACAGAAGUUACCAGAUAAUAUCGAUGACUUUGCUUGAAGUUUAUGAAAGUUGACAGUGUGUCAUCUAUGGUGUAGAGGGCGAUCCAAAGAGUCUGGAAAUCC